AACGGCCUGGUUCUUGGAUGUCAUUUCUCAGACCUGUAAAGCUAAAUGGUACACUGGAAUUGUGUUAUGUUAAGUGUAGUGUUUGGAGAGGCUGAAUGUCUGGCUGUGUGGCUUUUUCAGAUGAGUUUUCCCUCUCUUGCAUUGCCACAGUAGUGCUCAAUGCGUCUCCAAGUGCGCACGACCAGUCUGCAGCAGCGCUCCACGGACUGCUCGCCAGGCAUCUAGCCGCUCUGCGUUUAUUUCUGGAGGCGCUGCUUUUCGCUCAAUCGUCCCCAUCAGGUGGAUAAGUCGAGUGGAAAAGAACAUUGGUGAAAAUAUACCCUGGGGAAAACUGGACGCGUUUCUGAACCAGGUGUAAUCCACCGAGGAAACUUCGUUAUCGCUUAUUUUCGUCUCCAUGAUUUGCGCGGUGAGGUGAAUGCGGUGUUUUUGUUGUUGUUUUUUUACCUCCAAAUAAGACCGAAUGGAAAUCGAGAUGAAAACUAACCGAAUCUGGAUGUACAGUGGAGAUACUGUCAAGGCUCCAAGAAUGAGAGGGGAGAAUGCAGACUAGACUGAAAACCAAGAGAAAGACGGACUGGCAUUUCAAGGCAUCAACACAUUAACAAGCGGGGUCUCCAUGCAGAUCCACACUGCAGUUUUCACAUUUGGGGAGAAGCUAAAUGCAAGAAGUUGAGGCGAAUUUUUUUUUUUUUAAGCUUUGGGCAACUGUUUUAUUAGUCCUCAUGUGGUCUCGGGAUUUUUUCCAAAGGAAGAAAAUUGAUCUCCAUGUGCGAAGUUCCAAUGCCCAACAUCCCAAAGUGUGAAGUCCCCCAGCAGCUUGGCAGCAGCUGUAGCAGUGUUUGCAGAGUGCUGGUAAACUGAAGCCCAGAGAGAUGUCACAGCUGUACUACCGGCGAACUGACAGCUCCUCGUACCGGGACCGCAUCCCGCUGAGAAUUGUGAGGGCCGAGUCGGAGCUGUCGCCUUUGGAGAAAGCCUACCUUGGAGCUGUGGAGAAGGGGGACUAUGCUAGUGUAAAACAGGCUCUGGAGGAGGCAGAGAUCUACUUCAAAAUCAACAUCAACUGUAUCGACCCACUCGGCCGCACGGCUCUGCUGAUUGCUAUUGAAAAUGAGAACCUGGAAAUCGUCGAACUCUUGCUGAGCUUCAACGUCUACGUCGGCGAUGCCUUGCUGCAUGCAAUCCGCAAGGAAGUGGUGGGAGCUGUGGAGCUGUUGCUAAAUCACAAGAAGCCUAGUGGUGGCAUGCAGGUUCCUCCUAUCUUAUUGGACAAGCAGUUCUCUGACUUCACCCCUGACAUCACUCCCAUCAUCCUCGCUGCACACACCAACAACUAUGAAAUUAUCAAGCUUCUGGUGCAGAAAGGCGUGUCUAUGCCGCAGCCACAUGAGGUGCGCUGUAACUGUGUGGAGUGUGUGUCUAGUUCAGACGUGGACAGCCUGCGGCACUCACGCUCCCGCCUCAACAUCUACAAAGCGCUGUCUAGUCCCUCGCUAAUUGCGCUCUCCAGCGAAGACCCCUUCCUCACUGCAUUCAGGCUCAGCUGGGAGCUGCAGGAGCUCAGCAAGGUGGAGAACGAGUUCAAAUCAGAGUAUGAGGAGCUGUCUCAGCAGUGUAAACAGUUUGCCAAGGACCUCUUGGACCAGACAAGAAGCUCCAGAGAGCUGGAGAUGAUCCUCAACUACAGAGACGACACCAACUUAUUGGAGGAGGAGGGCAACAACGACCUGGCAAGACUCAAACUAGCUAUCAAGUACCACCAGAAAGAGUUUGUAGCUCAGCCAAACUGCCAGCAGCUUUUGGCAUCCCGGUGGUACGAUGAGUUCCCCGGCUGGAGGCGGCGCCACUGGGCAGGGAAGUUCUUUACCUGUGUCUUUAUCGGCCUCCUCUACCCCCUGUUUGCUCUCUGGUACCUCAUCGCUCCUAAGAGUCGCCACGGCCUCUUCAUCCGCAAGCCUUUUAUCAAGUUCAUCUGCCACACAGCUUCCUACUUGACCUUUCUAUUCCUGCUGCUCCUCGCCUCCCAGCACAUUGUCACCACAGAGCAGGACAGGCAGGACAGGCAAGGCCCUGCACCAACCACUGUGGAGUGGAUGAUCCUGCCCUGGGUGCUGGGAUUCAUCUGGGCAGAGAUCAAACAAAUGUGGGAUGGUGGUUUCCAAGACUACAUCCAUGACUGGUGGAACCUGAUGGACUUUGUCAUGAACUCUCUAUACCUGGCCACCAUCUCCCUCAAGAUUGUAGCCUACACUAAGUACAGUGGCAGUAAACCCAGGAACCAGUGGGAGAUGUGGCACCCAACACUCGUAGCUGAGGCAGUGUUUGCCAUAGCGAACAUUUUCAGUUCCCUGCGCCUCAUCUCGCUGUUCACAGCCAACUCUCACCUGGGGCCGCUGCAGAUCUCUCUGGGGAGAAUGCUGCUGGACAUCCUGAAGUUCCUCUUCAUCUACUGUCUGGUCCUGCUUGCCUUUGCUAACGGGCUGAACCAGCUGUACUUUUACUAUGAGAACAAGUCUUCCGAUGAGAAGGGAAAAUGCAAAGGCAUCCGCUGUGUGGAACAGAAUAACGCUUUCUCCACAUUAUUUGAGACGCUGCAGUCUCUGUUCUGGUCAAUCUUUGGUCUGAUUAGCCUGUAUGUCACCAACGUGGAUGCAGACCAUCAGUUCACUGAGUUUGUCGGCGCCACCAUGUUCGGCACCUACAACAUCAUCUCACUGGUGGUGCUCCUCAACAUGCUCAUAGCCAUGAUGAACAACUCCUAUCAGCACAUUGCUGAUCAUGCAGACAUUGAGUGGAAGUUUGCCAGGACAAAGCUGUGGAUGAGUUACUUUGAAGAAGGGGCCACUCUGCCAGCCCCGUUCAACAUCAUCCCCAGCCCCAAAUCAUUCUGGUACCUCAUAUGCUGGAUAAAGAGGCAAGUGUGCAAGAAGACAGAAUCCAAGCGCCCCGGAACGUUUGGAACUCUUGGGAGGCGAGCAGCAGAGAACCUGAGGGUAAACCAUCAGUAUCAGGAGGUACUAAGGAACUUGGUGAAACGUUAUGUGGCCGCCAUGAUCAGAGAUGCCAAGACAGAGGAAGGCCUGACUGAGGAGAACUUCAAGGAGCUGAAACAAGAUAUCUCCAGUUUUCGUUACGAGGUGAUGGGCAUGGUGAAGACAGGGAAGCCUGCUCUACAGGGGGCAAAGGCCAGUGGCAGCUCAGUGGAGUCCAGUCUUGCUUACCCCAAUGCCUCGCUCAAGGUUUCUUCCUCCCCUCAGACCAGCCAGGUGAAAAGCAAACUCAACCGAUUCAAGAUCAUCGCAUCCAUCCUCAAGCAGGGCAGUUCUACAGCUUCACCCAGGCCGCCUGAAGCCUCCAACGGUCUACCUUAUGGACUUGUGGUCUCUGAUGAGAGCUCCGGCAAAAAGUCAAGCCAGAAGCGAAAUACCCCCAAAGAUAUCACUGACUUUGGCCUGUUCCAGAAACGCCACUGGGGCAGCAAUGAAGCCACAUCAGGUGCAGGAGAGAUGUACUCUUUGUCAGAGGAAGCGGGGGAGUCCGGGGGCUCAGACGCAGAGCAGCAGGACAAAGAGCAUAGGGCAACAGGUAAGGAUGAGAAAGGACUCCUGCAGACAGAAAAGGAGGAGGAAGCAGCAGUAAAUGAGGCCCUAAAUGAAAACGGCGAGGUCUCGAAUACCAAUAACAGCUCGAAUGAAGAUGGAAAAAAAGAAACCGAGGAGAAAGAUAAAGAGAGUUUACCCUGCAGUGACUCUGUAGCUAUAGUGGAUGUUUGACAGGGUCAUCCAGAGAAGAAGCAUAAGAUGUGAUGUUACAUGAGAGUAAUUAGAUGCCAAGUAAUGCUGGAAUGAAGACAGAGAGACAAUCAAUGUGAGCUUCAAGUGAGGAUGUUUUUGUUGCAAGGAGUCUAACUGUUCCAGUUAUUACUAAACUAAUGAUCAGAUUUGAUCUUUGAAGACUCAGGGAGGCUUUUGGUAAGUGUUUUAAAGGACGUUAUAUUAACAGUGGUGAUGCAGCAAAGCUAAACGGAGCUCUGUGUUAACAUUGCAAGGAUUUAGAUUUUAGGAUGAAGUAAUUUCAUUUUAUCUCAUCCCUACUGAUGAUUGGAAAUUAAUCUUUCCUGAAACUGAUAAUUUCCUCUUUGUUAACCUCUCUCUCUCUCUCUCUCUCUCUCUCUCUCUCUCUCUCUCUCUCUCUCUCUCUCUCUCUCGCUCUCUCUCUCUGUCCCUUACCUGAUGUGUGCCCUUCUCUUCAAGUUAUCCAUCACUCACUCUCCUUUAUUAAUCUCUCUCUAUCUUUUUUCUUUUCCCGUUUAUCUCUACAACGCUUAACUUUCCCCAUCCUUAUCUCACUAGAGCAAUGGAUGUGUUCUGUGUUAGACCCGACUCUCUGCCUUACUCUGUUUCUGCACUUUACACACUUUACACUGGCAUACAGUAUCUCAAAGAUGUGUCAAGAUCAUGCAACAACAAUUCUGUCAAUGUUUUUCUAUGCAAAAACCUAGGAUUGUGAUUCUCAUCAUUGUGAAGAGUACAUUUAACAGUGAGUUCAUGACAGGUAUUCUCAUAUGUAAAGUAGAACGUGACUGAUGAAGAAUAAUAAAAUAUACAAUAUGAACACAGCGUAUCAACCAUAUGAAGCAACAUAUUAUUCAUGUUUUAUCAGUCCUACAGAAAAUAAACUUAAGUUAAUUUGAA